AUGGAUGGAACAUAUGUGUCAUGGAUAUGGAACGGGGAGAAGGCUACGUUAAACAACUCAAUAGAUGAUACUGAUCAUCUUAGGGGAGAGGAGCAUAAGCUUGUUGAUGAAAACCCUAUAGGUAUGGUAAAUGCUGCUUAUGAUGAAUACGUUGAGGAUCCCAACAAAUUUAGUAAAUUACUUGAAGAUGCAGAGAAACGGCUAUACGCUGGAUGUACUACGUUUACAAAACUGUCACCGGUAGUGAAUUUAUAUAACUUGAAGGCAAAAUACAGUUGGAGCGAUGCAAGUUUUACGGACCUUCUAGAUUUGUUUGCAAAAAUGCUUCCAACUUACAACGUAUUGCCUUCUUCUUUAUAUGAGGCAAAGAGAAGCUUGGUUGCAUUGGGAAUGGACUAUGAGAAAAUACAUGCGUGUCCCAAUGACUGUAUCUUAUAUCAGAAGGAGAAUGCAAAUUGUACUAAUUGCCCUACUUGUGGAACUUCAAGGUGGAAGAUAGGCAAGAAUUCUAAGAUAUCCAUAGGAGUUCCUGCAAAGGUGUUAUGGUACUUUCCACCUAUACCAAGAUUUCAAAGAAUGUUUCGGAACAAGGAUAUAUCUAAGGAGUUAACUUGGCAUAUUGAUAAUAAAGUUUGUGAUGGUUACUUGCGUCAUCCAGCUGAUGCAUCGUGUAGGAGAACAGUAGAUGAUAUGUGUCCAGAUUUUGCUGAUGAGCCAAGAAAUCUUAGAUUGGCUUUAUCUGUAGACGGGAUAAAUCCCCAUAGUGUAAUGAAUUCUACAUAUAGUUGUUGGCCAGUCAUCAUGAUUACAUACAAUCUUCCUCCUUGGAUGUGUAUGAAGCGAAAAUUCAUGAUGCUCAAUUUGUUGAUUUCUGGUCCUAAACAACCCGGGGAUGACAUUGAUGUUUAUUUGGCACCUUUGAUUGACGAUUUAAAAGUGUUGUGGGAAGAAGGUAUAGAAGCAUAUGAUGCAUACCGACAAGAAAAAUUCGUCCUUAAAGCUAUUUUACUAUGGACGAUCAAUGAUUUCCCAGCAUAUGGGAACUUAUCAGGUUGCACUGUCAAAGGAUAUCAUGCAUGUCCUAUCUGUGGUGAGAAUACAUAUGCCAAGAGGUUGAAGCAUAGUAAGAAAAUGACAUUCACAGGACAUAGAAGAUUUUUAUGUAAAACUCAUCCUUAUCGAAGGCAAAAGAAGGCAUUUGAUGGUAAGCAAGAAUUCGACUUAGCACCAAAACCAUUGAGUGACCAUGAUGUUCUGAAAACGGUUGAGGGGAUCAAUUGUUGUUGGGGAAAAAAGAGGGGCAAGCUAAAUGCUAAAAGAAAAAAUAGUGAAUCAUGUUGGAAAAAGAAAUCAAUUUUCUUUGAGCUUGAGUAUUGGAAGCAUUUGCAUGUUCGGCAUGUUCGGCAUGUUCAUGAUGUCAUGCACAUUGAGAAAAAUAUGUGUGAAAGUAUUAUUGGCACAUUACUUGACAUCCUAGGAAAAAUCAAAGAUGGGGUAGCUGCUAGACUAGACCUUGUGGAAAUGAAUAUGAGAAUGGAGUUGGCACUAAAACAAGGGGAGAAGAUAACGUUUUUGCCACCUGCUUGCUAUACACUAAGCAAAGACGAGAAAAAGAAAGUUUGUAACUCUUUGUUACAUAUGAAAGUCCCAACAGGCUAUUCAUCUAAUGUGAGAAACCUUGUCAAUGUGAAGGAGUUGAAACUUGUUGGUCUUAAAUCUCACGAUUGUCACACUUUCAUGCAACAGUUGCUUCCAGUUGCUAUUCGAGGUGUGUUGACAAACAUGUAA